UUUCAGUCGGUGCUAGUAGCUCGUGUCGUGCAUUAACAUUUUAAAUUCUCGCUUUUUCAUUGCAAAUUUUUCAACGAAAAAAAAAAAAAAAAAAAUUCACUCUUUAAUCUUUUAUUUUUUCUCUUUUUCUUUAUUCGGUGUAUUAAAGAGUACAUUAAAAAUUGUGCGCCUAAAAAUUCGUUCACUGUGCCAUUCAAUUUCGUCAAAAUAAAUCAAUUUAAGUUCUGUUGCCCCUGUGAUAUAUGUGUGCUCAUAAACUUUGCCCCAACAACGAUCCUUGACACGCUAAAUGAUUUCGUGAUAUUUACGUAAAGUGAGAAAAAAAAAAAUAAAAAAAAGAUUUUGUAGCCGUUUAUCUACAGAGAUUUCUCAGUAGUUGAAUUUUGUUCUUUGCAUGGACUGGCUUGUCAGUAUAUUCUACUUCAAUCAUUGUCUUCUACACAUGAAUUCUACGUAUGUGUUUUGAUCCUGGCAAUUGUCAGUCAUGACCAACGACAAACAGUCAUGGUUCCGUGGUGUACGAAGCAGUAAAUUCCGCCACGUUUAUGGCGCACCAGCUAAAAGAGAAAAAUGUUAUGACAACAUUAAAAUCACCAAGAAUGCUCACGACUCACAAUUUUGCGCCGUUAAUCCAAAAUUUUUGGCAAUCGUCACUGAAGUUGCUGGAGGUGGAGCUUUUCUUGUUUUACCCCUCGAUAAUACUGGUCGCUUGGAUUUUAAUGUCAGUAGAGUAACCGGACAUACUGGCCCUGUACUCGACAUCAAGUGGAAUCCAUUUAACGACAACGUUAUUGCUUCUUGCUCCGACGAUUGCACGGUGAAAUUAUGGCAUAUUCCAGACGGUGGACUGUCGAGAAAUUUGACAGAUUGGAUAGUUGAAUUACAGGGUCAUAAGAGACGAGUGGCUUAUAUAGAAUGGCACCCUGUCGCAGAAAAUGUCCUCUUCAGUGCGGGAUUCGAUCAUCUUGUCAUUGUUUGGGAUAUAAACAGAGGAGAGGCUAUCAGUGUAAUCGACAGACAUCCUGAUGUUAUUUACAGUAUGUCACUUAAUAGAGAUGGAAGUUUACUUGCCACCACUUGUAAGGAUAAAAAACUUCGAGUUUUUGAACCAAGAUCAGGAAUUGUUGUCUCGGAAGGAAUUUGUCAUGCUGGUACAAAAGCGAGUAAAGUGGUAUUUCUCGGCGGCUCUGGACGAUUAUUAACCACAGGAUUUAGUAGACAUUCUGAUAGACAAUAUGCCGUAUGGAGCCAACAUGAUUUAUCAAAUCCAUUGACUUGCGAAACGAUAGAUUCCUCCAGUGGAAUUGUAUUUCCUUUUUAUGACAAUGACACCAAUAUGGUCUACCUUGCUGGAAAAGGAGAUGGCAAUAUUCGAUAUUACGAAGUAGUAAACGAAGCUCCUUGGUUACAUUUUUUGAGUCAAUUUAUUUCUGGAAAUCCUCAGAGGGGUUUGGGAAUUAUGCCCAAAAGAGGCGUCAGCACUGCAAGCUGUGAGGUCUUUAGGUUCUUUAAACUUCACGCGACACGCGGAAUGUGCGAACCAAUUUCUAUGAUUGUGCCGAGAAAAAGUGAUCAGUUUCAAGAGGAUUUGUAUCCAGACACAAUUGGAACAACUCCGGCUCUUUCUGCCAAGGAUUGGAUCAGUGGCAUGAACAAUCCACCAAUUUUAAUAUCCUUGAAAACUGGUGGCAGUAUCACAACACACAAGCCACGUAUUUAUAAACCACCACAAUUGACACCUGCGACUGAUUUAAAUAAUAAGAAGAAAUUUGCCUUUUUAUCAACUGAAACUGUGCCUGAUUAUAGAUCCGUUGAAUUACUUGAUAUGUCUGAAAAAAGUCAAAAAACAUCCAGCAAUCAGAGUACAAAAUUUCAUCAGUUACAACAGAAGUUUGGCAAUAUUCAGAACAAUAUUGAAACCUCGGCAAUGAAUGACAAUAAAUUGGAAGCUGUCGACGAUCCAAACAACGAAGCCGAGUUACGAUUAGCAUUCGCUCGACAAACUGACGAAUUAAGAAUUGUUCGUCGUCAACUAGCAAACAGUCAAUUACGCGUUAAGGAACUCGAAGAUCAAAUUCGAAAAUUACAAAUUCACUGAGAGCCAGUAAAUUUUAUAAAAGCAUUUUGUGUUUUUUUUUUCUCAAAAAAUAUAAACCGCGCGUGUAUGUAUGUAUGUAUGUGUGUGUCUGCGUAUUCGUCAACUUUUUGUGUGAAAUAUCGAAAUUUCACACACUCAUAAAUUUAUAAUAAUCAUCGCUAUUGAACUGUGGUGCUUACGGGAGAGAAAAAAACAAUUUAAAAAAUUCCUUUUUUUUAAAUUACUAUAUUUUCUAUAGUACUGAUUCAAUGGAAUUUGAAAUUUUCGAAUAAAAUUCACUUUUUCUAUUCGUAAGGAAAAAAAAGGUGAUUUUUUGAUAAAUUUUUUCAUGGCUAUAUAUUUCGGGAAAAAUUAAUUAUUAAUGAAUAAAAGAAAGAAAAAAGUGAAAUUUUUUCUAGGGGAAAAAAAAAAAUUAUUGAGAAUAAUUUGAAAAAAAAAAAAAAAUAAAAGUGAUUAAAAAUUUCAGUGUAAUGAAAUUUUGAAAAUUAAAAAAUCGUGGAUUAGAAAAAAAAGAAUUUCUUUCAUACUUUGUGAAGAUAAAAAGAGAUUUUAUUUUUUUUUUUUUUUUAUAAUCUACGAUUUCUGUGAUUCAUUCCUUGUGUUAUACGAAUAUUUAUAUAUUAUUAUUCAUUCCCUUUAAUUAGGAAUUCACGACAAAAUGUUGAAUGAGAGAUUUCAAGUCGAUUAUUAUAUAUAUAUAUAUAUUUAUAAAAAUAUUGUUCAUUAACAAUUUUAGUGUUUGGCUUUUGUUUUCUUUUCAAAGCUAUACAGGCUUUUUUUUGUAGUUUAUUUCCGUAGUUGUUCAAUUUGUUAUUGACAUAUACAAUAUUCCGGUAAAAAAAAAAAAAAUAGAAUUCAAAAUAUUUCAUUUAUUUUUCCGAAUUUUGAGUUUUAUUCUUUAUAAAUAAUUUAUUUUUGCGACAGUUAAGUUUAUUGAUUUAAAAAUAUAAAAUUAUAUAUUAAUAUAGUAAAUAAUUAAUAAUAAUUUAAAAAUUAAUAUUUAAUAAGAGUUUUAAAUAUUCGUUGAUAUUUUUGUUAUAUUUAAUUUUUUUUUUUUUUUUUUGAGAAAAAAUUCAUUUAUGAGUGAAAUAUUUUGAAUUUUUUUUUUUAAUUACCGAAUUGAAAUUAUUAUCGAUUUUUUUUGUUGCUGAAUCUGUUUUUUAUUUAUUUAUUUUUUUUUUUUGACAGUUACCAAUCGAUAUUGUGCAAUCAAUGUGUAGUGUGCAAAAAGCUGUGAGACGCGCGUAAAUAAUUAGCGUUAAUCCCCAUAUCGCACAGUGAUAAUAGACGUAAAUGAAUUUUUAGGACCAAUGAAUAUUUGUUGAUCUUACAAAGGGAUUAUAAUAUUAUACUUUCGCCUAUAUAGGUAACGAUUAAAUCGAAUAAAAAAAUAAACAAAUUUUUUACACAGUAUUUACAAGAAUAUUUUUCAUACACAAUCGUAAAUCGAUUAUAGCUCUGAUAAAUACCUGAAUUGUUGAAGAAAAAAAAAAAAAAAGAAAUUAUAUACAGUUUUGAAAUUUAUAUAAAAAAAAAAAAAAAAAAAAUUAAAAUAGCUUGGCACAUUUAGAAAAAAUAUUUGCACUUUAUUUAGUAAAAUGAAUAGCGUGUGCCUUUGGGGGUAAAAUUCGUAAAACUGCCCGUAUUUUUCUCUUACUGGAAGUAAAUAAAUAUUCGAAAAAUGAUCUGUGUUCGCAAUUUCAAUCGAAAUAAGGAAACUAGGAAGAUGAAUAAUAAUAAUAAUAACAGUGAAUUGUUCUACAAAAGAUAAUUUUAUUUUUGUGUUCACUUCAACAUUUUUCGAGAGUAUUUUUUUAAAACAAAAUAAUAAGCAAAUAUAAUAUACUCAAGGAAGUUCGAAAUAUGAGCAUAAAAAAAAACGUAUUUAUUCAGCGUAGAUUUAUUCUAUAAUAUAGAUAUUAGAAUUGUAUUAGAAAAAUUAUUUAAAUUUAAAAUUUGCGAAAUUAAAAUGCACGCUCUAAUUAAAUCGCCGCACAAUUAUUUGUAAAUGUUUUACAUUAAUUUAUUUUCUUUUGUACAUUAAAUUUUUUUAUUUCCUUUUUUUUUUGGUAAUUUUUCUUUGCUUUUUAUUUAUUUAUAUAAUUUUUUUCUGCUUUUUGUCUGAUGGCUUUUAGAUUUAAAAAAAAAAUCGAGGAAUAAAAAAAACAAAAGUUUGGCAAACGAAUUUUUCGAAGGCGUUGAUUUUUUUUUUAAUGCCUUAUGUACACAAUGCCAAAGAAAACUUGUGUCGCAGAAUUUAUGCACAAAAUGUAUUUUUCGAAUUAUCAAUAUUAUUUGCGAUAUGUGUUUGUCAAUGAUGAAACACAAUUUUAAUCUCUAAACAUUAUACAUUUAUAUAUACAUUAUUAUUAAUUAUUAUUAUUAUUAUUAUAUGUAUGUUGUAAGCGGUCGAUAUUUGUGUGUAUUGAUGAAGUAUGUGAUUAAUUAUAAGCUAACACUUAUUUAGAAAAUAAUAAAACGAUAUAUAAAAAAUAAA